ACACCGGCCCAUAACUCCCUCACACAGUCUUCACUCUCUAUAGUGAUUUCCCACUGGGCCAAGACGAAACAAAAAACCACCAUAAAUACGCAGAAACCCUAAUCUCCUUCUUCCCUCCCCGGCCGUCAUUUCUGUCAAGAACUCAGAGAGAGAGAGAGAGAGAGAGAGAGAAUCACAGGCACGAUGAAGUAUAACCCACGUGUGACGAGCUCCCGCCGCAAGAACCGCAAGGCGCACUUCUCGGCGCCGUCGAGCCAGCGCCGCGUCCUGAUGAGCGCGCCGCUCUCCACCGACCUCCGGUCAAAGUACAACGUCCGCUCUAUGCCCGUUCGCAAGGACGACGAGGUCCAGGUGGUGCGCGGGACCUACAAGGGCCGGGAAGGGAAGGUCGUCCAGGUGUACCGCAAGAAGUGGGUCAUCCACAUCGAGCGCAUCACCAGGGAGAAGGUCAAUGGGUCGACGGUCAACGUCGGGAUCAACACUUCGAAGGUGGUGAUCACGAAGCUGAGGCUGGAUAAGGACCGCAAGUCGCUGCUCGAUCGCAAAGCCAAGGGCCGGGCCGCGGCGGAUAAGGAUAAGGGGACGAAGUUCACGGCCGAGGAUAUCAUGCAGAGCGUCGACUGAUGGAAUGAGAUCUAUCUAUUUGGUAAAAUUAAAGAAAUUGUUCUUGUUUUUUCAGUACUGCGCUGUUUUAGUUAUGGAUUUAUGUGAUGAGCUGUUAAAGGCUCGGCGUUUUGGUUUGGGAGUUAGGGUUAUGACCUAUGAGACUUUGUGGGGACAUUUUGAUCCAACUGGCACUGUUAUUUUUAGCUUAAUUGAUUAUGCUGCUAUGCUAUUUUCUA